UGCGUUCAAUGCAAUACCAAGAACCAGUCGUGUCCUUGCGCGGCGAAAUGGUCAGUCACUGAAUAUCAUCUCGAACAACAACUUCACCUCCAAGUUGCCCCUCUCACCUCCACGAAUAUCCUCUAGAGAACAUCCCUAAGCAACUCCGACAGCUCGUCCUCCAGAUCUGAUAUGCAAUUUCGAGGCAAGACAGAGCAGCCCAAGCACGCGUGACAUGACUUCCUGGGCCGACCUGACAUGGCGAGACUGAACGAGGUUCCAGCUCCUCCUGCUGAAAGCAUUGAAGCUUUGAAACGACGAUUUAUCCGGCAGAAUCGCGAAAUAGCACGUGUGAAUUCGACCCAGUCGCAACGGAUCCGCAACCUUGAAACGGAGAUCUCCCGACUCGUUGCUGAGAACAUAUCUCUUCGGGAACAAGCAAUUGCUGCCCAGGCCGAAGCGGAAAGAUGGCGCGGUGCGAACGAUGUCAACCGGGAGAUUCUGGAAAUGAAAGAGAGGAUGGAAAGCAAGGUCAGCGAGCUUUCGCUGUUGAUUGUGGAGAUGAGCCAACUUCCUGAACGGGCGGCUGACAAAGCCCGGCGGCGAAGCGGCAUUGCGAAAUCCAGAAAUUCGAUGGACCAAGACUGGCAGAAUCGUCAAUCUAUGAGAGAGGCCAUCGCUACUGACAGGGAGUUAUAUGAUGGGAGGCUGCCUGUGAUACAGGAAGACAAGCUAUACCCACGUCGGACGUUGGAAUCAGCAGAGAUUCUAGCGAUCCGACAUGAAGAAGCCUUGCAGCAAGCGUCGGAGUCGCCCGAGUUGGGACCGCCACCCGUGGCACAUUUCGACGUGGCCGAGCCGAUUGCGUUCGACUCUUCAAGUGCUGUUGAACAACCUGAUGAUGACCUGACGCAGUUACCGCCGACGUUGGAAAAGAGGCGCAAGCGUCGGACCAGCUCUUUACUCCAAGAUAUGCCGACGGAACCAGUCUCGGAAUCACCCGUGCCUGAAGAACCAGCCAGCGAGCCGGUCCAAGAGCCAGUGGUCCCGUUGCUGAAGUCAGGGGCAAAACGAAAAUUAGAUAUUACAGAGCUCGACGAACCGGAGCAGCAGCAUUCCAACGAGAACGACUGCUUUGUCUUUCAGAGGAAGCAAUUGAUAUGGAGCAAUCCAGCCACGGCGAAGAAGGCGUCCAGGUUUACAAGGGCACCAGGUCGCGAAGCCGACACAACAGCCGAAACCGCUACCAGCUCUCCUCAAAAAGCGCUUGCUGCUGGGAGGAAGAUUCUUGCGCCUAAAAGCACCAAUUCUCCCACAAAAAGAAGGGUUCAAGUCGCAGAAAAGAUUGGCGAAGUUAAAGAUAGUCAGUAUGUUGGUGAAAAACAGUCCACCAACACAUCGCCGCAGAAAUCGCACCGUCCGUUGGAGCUGCCGAUCCGAGAUAUCGUCCUUGAUCCACCUGAAGCGAACGAUUUGAACGGUCUACCACCGAAAACUCCCGCGGGACUGGGAUCUGACUUGUUAUCUCCCACCUCUACCGAGCCCUCCGCGAGACCGACCCAUCAUUCACAAGAAGCUGCGAUUCUGAACUCAGUGGAGGAUGUCUUGAACGGCAGCAUCGGAAGAGGGUCCCGCCGCGCACGAGCAGCAGUCAACUAUGCAGAGCCCAACUUGAGAGAUAAGAUGAGAAGGCCGGGCAAAGAAUUGGUUCCUGCCGUUGACGGAUUGGUGAAAAACAAAGAGCUUGGCUCGACCGCUCGUUCCAGAGCUUCGAGUACAGAUCGAGCAACAUCUGAAGGACUCAAGGGACCCGACGCAAGCGAUUCAGCCAUCAAAAUCAAGCGGGAUAAUAUAGCUGCUGCCCAGCAAGAGAGGUGGAAAGAUCUGCCACUGUCAAUCCCAGAGAGGAAAGAAGAGCCGGCGAGUCCACUACGGGACAAGGAGCGGAAAGAGACUCGUGACAGAGAACAGAUUGAAGCUGCAGGUGAUCGAAGGCAGAACAAGAGUAAAGGGGACCGACGAUACGGCGAGGAACUGGAGAAUGCCGUAAGCCGGUUGACUAUCUUCGAUCCUCCGGACUCAUCCCCUGUUGAAACGUCCAAAGACGAAGCAAAGGCUGUCCCGGCAGCAACAUCAAGGAGGAAAGCUUCAGCGACCGGCACCGCAAGGAGACAUUCGACACAACCAACCUCAUCAUCUUCGCUAAACCCCACACCUGGGGAGCAGACAAGAACUUCCAGAAGGUCGGACUCGUCGUCAGGCCAAAAGGCGUCACUUCCACGGCCCAGUUCCGCGGCAAGCUUGAGGCCGCAAUCUGUUGACAAUGUCAAAGAUGCUGACAAUAAGUACUUGAAGCGCUCGCAGAGUGUCAGCUCUAACUUGAGCGCACCAAGCGCGACCACAGCUGAGAGAACCAAAGCCGAACAUGGUGCAACGAUGGGAAAUGCCGUCACCAGCGACAGGAAUGACAGAGUCGCGAAUCGGCGGCGGAGUAUGAUGGUCUGAUAUAUGCAGAUCAUGUCGCGUACACGGCUGGGAGACAAUCAUCAAUCUGCUCUCCAUCUGGGGCUUCUCUUCCUCCUCGGCGUCUUGGCCUUUCUUUUGGUGACUGUGGUCAUCGUUUUUGAUGACUAGUUUUGGGUAUUUCUGUCACGGGCUGGACAGCAUUGGAGGCGUGUUGGACCUGGUGUCAAGCGUGAUGCCGGAGGAGCUUGACGAUACCCUUUGCUCCAAACGAGACCAUGAGAAUAGAUCUAAAUUUGAAUCUUGCUUCGAACACGCCCGUUGCUGCUGCCUCAGAACAUGUCCCCUCCUGAGCACUCUCCUCCGCCAGCCAUGA